AUGCUCGAUUUCACACCUUUGGACUGGAACGAAUUUUUUGAUCGAAAAGAACUUUUAUCUAUAAAUGAAGACAAAUUCAAUGUUUAUUUAAAAGGAUCAAAAGGCCCCCUAUUUUGUUUACUUCAUGGUGGGGGAUAUACUGGCUUGACUUGGGCGUGCUUUUCGGAACAAAUUUCUUCUCAAAUUGAAUGCCAAAUAAUUGCCCCAGAUUUAUGCGAUCAUGGAGAAACACGAGUAGAGGAUAAUUUGGAUAUGUCUGCUGAGAGAAUGGCAAAAGAUGUUUGUUCAAUUUAUCAUCAUUUAUAUGGCGAAAAGACUACUCCGCCUCCUUUAAUUCUUAUUGGGCACAGUAUGGGAGGUUCUAUAGCAAUAAAUAUUGCAAAUUUGUCUCUACUUCCAAAUAUUUUGGCUGUUUCUGCAAUUGAUGUUGUUGAAGGAUCGGCAAUUGCUUCCUUAACCUUUAUGCAACAAUUUUUAAGGGAUAGGCCUCAGACUUUUGUUUCGAUGGAAAAAGCAAUUGAAUGGUGUAUGAAAAAUAGAAUUACAUCUAAUUUGAGAGCAGCUAAAGUUUCAAUGCCGUCUCGACUUGUUUAUUUUGAAAACAAUGGAAAGAAAAUGUUAAAAUGGAGAACCAAUUUAUCCAAAACAGAGCCUUAUUGGAAAGGAUGGUUUAAAGGCCUUUCAAAAUCAUUUCUUAAUUGUGAACCUGUAAAGAUUUUGAUACUGGCAAAUAUUGACAGAUUGGAUCGGGAAUUAAUGACUGGCCAAAUGAGAGGACAAUUCCAAUUAGAAGUUAUGCAUAAAUCUGGACAUGCAGUUCACGAAGACAAUCCUGAGGAUGUUGCAAAAAUUUUCUCUAGAAUUAUUGAACGAUACAGAAAAAUAUUGAAUUUUUGAAAAAUUUUCUCAGUUUUUAUAAGGUAUAUUUUUUGUAAAUUUUUUAAAUUUUAAUUGAAAAAUUCUGCUGGAUUAAAUAAAAUAAUAAAAAAUGAAAUAUUUUUUAUUCGUUGUGUGAAAAAAAAUUAUUAGGCCUGUGUAGGAAUCGAACCCCCCUCAAAAUAGGGUGUAGUCGGCGACCCUACCACUUAGCCACAACUGUCUCUGUAAG